GUUACAUCAUCCAAAUUUGAUCCGGCGCAAAUCGAGAUGAGGAAAAAGCAAACACUGAGGACGAUGCGCUGCACUGCUUUUUCCCUCUAAUUGCUCAUUGCGCCGCUCGUCUGCUAUAAAAGAGACGCCGGAGUUGCUCUUGCAUCGCAUUUCAUCUCCUCCAUCCAUUGUGUACGUGCUCGAUCAGCAAGAAGAAUUUUCGACGAUGCUGCUUUGGUUUUUCCUCGUCGCGUUCAUCUCGCCACUCGCGGCGCAGAUUUUGUUGAGCGACAGGGUCCAAAACAAUACCGUCUUGAUUCAGCAAAUAACAAACAGACUGGACACAGAAUUGAAAAAGUGCAGCGAUUCGAAAACGGAGACCGAUGCGCACUUGGGACAGUUGAAAUGGAAGUUGGAGCAACUACAAUCUAAGAAUCAAGAUUUUGAAGUCAAAGUGAAGCAAGAACACGCGUUUAAAAUGGACAUCCAAGCGUCGGUUGACUAUUUCAACGUUGAUAUUGAGAAUCUGAACAAUUCUUUGAAUAACGUCAUCAGAAUAUCCCGUCAGCUCGAAACUGCACUCGGAAACUCGAGCAGCAACCUGCGAAAGGAAAUCAAUGACGACUUGCAAAAGGUGGAGUUAAAGUUGCAACAGCUCGAUGCACAAGAUGGAGAUUUUGGAAAACUGCACAAGAAAACGGAUGAAAAUGUGGCAGAACUCAAAACAGAGAUCGCCAGCUUAAAGACUGAGGUGGGAAAUUUGAAAUUUUCUUUAAAUGACGCAACACAGGAUUGCAAAAAAUGCCAAUCCGAACUCGCAGAGGCCAUAGAAGAAACAAAAAAGGGAAUUAAUGCGCAAUUGGACGGCCUUAAAUCAAAAUUCGACGAGAUUGAAUCGAAAAAUGACGGACUGAAGACGAAAAUUGACCAGCUGGAGUCGAACAAUCGUGAAUUGAAACAAAUCCGAACAAAGGAACAGGAUGAGCUGAAAGAAAUUAAAGAUAAGCUCGCGUUAUUGACGAAUCAAGUGGAAACACAGAAAAAGGACACGGAUGGUCGUUUAAACGAUGUGGUCUUGAAAUUGGAGGCAAAACCGGAAGUUCAAACACCAGACAGGCCAAGAGAAAAUCGAAAUAAAGAUGAUGGAAAUCUUGACGCACUGUUGGCUGAAAUUAACGCAGUGAAACAGAACCUCCAAAUUGAGAACUGCCGAAAAGCAAAAAGCAGCCUGACGUCCCUGACGAAAUUAGCGAACGGGAAAUCUUACCUUUUUUCCUCAACCAGGCGGAGUUGGUACAAAGCGAAAGAAUACUGCGAAAGCAUUGGGCUGCAUUUGGCCUCACCAAAGACGCAAUCGGAAUUGAAAAUCGUGCGAAAUAAGGCAGCAACAAUUUCUCAGACAAAUUGGUGGCUGUCUGCAUCGGACAUUGGACGGGAAGCCGGCGAUUUUCAAUGGCACGACGGGACGAUUCUUCCCUUGAACAGCCCCAUGUGGGCCGAAGACCUGAAAGAACCUGACAGCUACAGGAUAGGAAGCGACACUUGCGUUGACAUCUUGUCCAGAGGAAAUUUGGAAUUGUUGGAUUAUGGCUGUGCAAACGAAAAGUAUGCCAUCUGUGAACUGCCUGCUGAGUGCAUAUAAAUUUUAAUCUAGGCUGGAGCAGUCAGGUGGAUUUUUUAACUAUAAUUUUAAUUUUACCUUUGUUCAUUUUUAUAAAGAAACAAAAUUUUUAAAAAUAAAUAUGUGACAAAAAAUUGUUCUGGGUAGAUAAAUAAACACAAUUUCAUUGAAAA